AACACAAAAAUUCAAGGUGUAUCAACAAGGUAAACACUUCUCUCUUAAAUAAACUUCGUCCAGAUACUAUUUUAUUUCGUCGCAAGAUUGGCAUUAGGAUGAAAGAGAUUAGAGAGAGGUUAGAUGAAAUUGCAGAGGAGAGGACACAGUUUCAUUUGAAUGAGGUAGUUCCACAGAGUGGAGCUGAAGUCGGAGAAGAACGCCAAACUGGCUCCAUCAUUACUCAAUCUCACGUAUACGGUAGAGAUGAAGAUAAAGAAAUAAUUGUUGAAAAUUUGGUGAAUCCUGUAGCUUGUUGUGAUGAUAUUUUCGUCUACCCUAUUGUUGGUAUUGGGGGGCUUGGGAAGACAACACUUGCUCAGAUGGUCUACAAUGAUGAGAGAGUGUGCAUGCAUUUUGAGCUAAGAAUUUGGGUUUGCAUUUCAGAGGAUUUCAGUGUGAAGAAGAUCAUAAAAGCUAUAAUUGGAUCUGCAACUGGAACUGCUUGUGAAGAUCUAGAUUUAUACCCUUUGCAGAGACGCCUUCAAGAUAUAUUGAACAGGAAAAGGUAUUUGCUUGUGCUAGAUGAUGUAUGGAGUGAAGAUGAAGAGAAGUGGGAUAGAUUAAAGUGUGUGUUGGCAUGUGGAUCGACAGGUGCUUCGAUUAUUGUCACUACUCAAAGUAGAAAGGUUGCAUCCAUUAUGGGAACAUUUCCCAUGCAUCAUUUGUCAGGACUGUCAGAAGAUGAAUGCUGGUUGCCUUGGACAAGAGAAAGAAGAACGCCCAAACCUUGUUGCAACAGGGAAAGAGAUAGUGAAGAAAUGUAG